GGAAGCUUUUUUUUUUUUAGAGGAAGAUGGAGAACCCACUUCUUUUAUUCCCCCAACUAAACAUUUCUGCCUCGAAGGAUAAAUCCUAUUACAAAGUCAUGAAGUCAACAAUUAAAGAUGAGCCUCACAAAGCAAGCAAGCCUGGAUCUAAGCAAAAGAGAAAUAGGCUGAGCCUGCUCCUGCAGAAACCUGAAUUCCAUGAAGGUGAUCAUCUUGGUAAACCUGGAAACUUGACAAAACCAGCAAGUGUGUCUCCUGAAGAAGCAGUGAAAUGGGGAGAAUCUUUUGACAAACUACUUUCUGAGAAAGCUGGGCUGGAUGCUUUUACAAAGUUUCUGAAAACCGAGUUCAGUGAGGAAAACAUUGAGUUCUGGAUAGCUUGUGAGGAUUACAAGAGAAGCAAAACUUCACAUGAACUUCUGCCGAAAGCUAAGACCAUUUAUGAAACAUUCAUACAGAAAGAUGCUCCAAAAGAGGUGAAUUUGGACUUUCACACCAAAGAAGUAACGAGUCAGCAUAUUGAGCAGCCCCUCAUCACCACCUUUGAUGCAGCACAGAACACAGUCUACAGGCUGAUGGAACAAGACAGCUACCCACGUUUCCUCAGAUCUGAUCCUUAUUUAAACUUGGUCAAGGGGAGAAAUCCCAAUCGUCCUACCCUUAGGAGACGGUCGAGGUCUUUUACUGUCAAUGAUUUUCAGGGUGUACGACCAGCCUUCACUGUUUGGUAGCAAGAAAACUCAGCCCUC